UCAGUUUUGUCGUCAGCAUGUAGAGCUGCGAAAGCUGGUUUUGAUCAAAAAGGAGAGAGAGAGAGAGGAGAGAGAAAAAUAGGGGUGCACUAAGAGAAUAGAGGAGAGAGAGAUCCUGCUUUCUUGUUUCUUCUUCUUCUUCUUCUUCCUCUCCUAAGUUUUUUUUGGGCACCAGCACCCCUCAAUAUAGAAUCUUGAUUUUUUUGAUCUCAAUUAUAUAAGUUAUGGGUAUGGUUUUACGUCUAUAAUAUUAAGAUAUCAAAGUAUAUAAAUUUCUAAGCUUCAACUUUUAGAUUUAUUGUGAUGGGAAGUGGGAUUACAAAUCAAGAUUUGGCUCUUUCUUCCAAAUCUAUGGACCCUCCUAAAUUGAAGAAAAGGCUUUAUCAAGUUUGGAAGGGUCGCAAUAAAUUUCUCUGUGGGGGGAGAUUGAUCUUUGGUCCCGACGCAGCAUCACUUUACUUAUCAACAUUUCUGAUAGGGGCUCCUGCAUUGACAUUUUGCAUAAAAAUGCUUUUGAUGAUACCAAAAGUCAGUCCAGUAUAUGGGCAUGUUGUACUAAUUGGGGGACUCAUCAUCUCAGUUUUGGCCUUGAGUUUUCUGUUCAUGACAUCUUCAAGCAAUCCAGGAAUAGUUCCUAGGAACUCAAGACCACCCGACUUGGAUGAAAUAUUAAAUACAAGUACGGCAUCUAUGGAGUGGGUCAACAAUGCUGCCCCUGAUGUAAAGUUACCAAGAACAAAGGAUGUUUUUAUCAACGGUCAUUCUGUCAAAGUCAAGUUUUGUGACACAUGUUUGCUAUAUCGUCCUCCACGUGCUUCUCAUUGCUCAAUUUGCAAUAACUGCGUUCAGAGAUUUGAUCAUCACUGUCCCUGGGUUGGCCAGUGUAUUGGAGUUCGCAACUAUCGGUGCUUUAUACUAUUCAUAUCAACAACAACAACUUUGUGCAUAUAUGUUUUCACAUUUUCGCUGCUGAACCUCCUUGGACAACCAGGAAGCUUUUUGCGUGCUAUGUCAAGGGAUAUCAUAUCUGUGAUUUUGAUUGUAUAUUGCUUCAUCGCUGUCUGGUUUGUCGGAGGGCUAAGCGUCUUCCAUUUUUACCUGAUGUCAACCAACCAGACGACGUAUGAAAACUUCAGAUAUCGUUAUGAAAAGAAAGAGAACCCUUACAGUCGUGGCAUUUUGAAGAAUCUCAAGGAAAUCUUAUGCUCUAAGCCACCACCUUCAUUGGUCAACUUCCAUGAGUGGGUAAUUGAAGAAGAUGAUCCGAGUGUGAGAUCUAUCUCGAUGAAUCAUAAAUACGGUUCAAUCAACUCUAAAGGGAAAUUUGAUCUAGAGAUGGGAGGCAUACUUGGAAAAGAUGGUACUUUGCAGAAUAUGGAUUAUAGUGGCAUUGAUGACACUUUGAAGAAGGCGAGAAGUGACAAUGCAAAUUUUGAUCCUCUUUUCUUUCCUGAUGAUCAAGACACGAAUGAUGCAGAGUCGACGCAUUCAAAUGGACAAAGGACAGUGGAAGAUGGCAGAACUGAUGAAGGCAGGAACCACGGAUCUUCAUAGCAGUUCUGCAUAGAUAAAGGUCGAGCGAAUGAAUGAUGCUUAUCGACAGACAUUUGUGAAGGCAUCAUCAUCAGAUGACCUAUUUGAAUGCAGAGGUUGAUUUUGCGGAGGCUGAAACGCGAGUAGUUGCUUCUUUUUAUGUCUUCAAAUAUGGAAAUUACAGCAAAGAAACUCUUUUGGAAAGUCUUUGGUACAUAAAUGAAACAUAAAGAGUGGGAAAUUGGAGCUAAAUGAGGGUACUCUCUUGUUUGUACAGUAUUUAUAUGAUUUAUGUUCUUUCCAACUUUUCUCGUUAUUCACAUUUUCUCCUGUUUUGUUUUA